AUGCAAUACCCAAAAUGGGCUUUCAAUCUGAGAUUGGUGGCUCAUGGAAUGUUGCUUACACGGGACAGACUGUCCAAAUGGGGUAUAACCACUAAUAUCUUAUGUCCUCUAUGUGAUGUGGAGUAUGAGACAAUUGCUCAUAUAUUCUUUCAAUGCAAAUAUUCGGCUGCUAUUUGGGAAAGAUUACUACUCUGGGAGGGAAUAGAUAGGAAAGCUAGCAGGUGGCCCGUAGAACAAGAUUGGGCUGAGAAUCAUGCAAAUGGGAAAGGGGUGGAAGUAGAGGAAAGAAAUAACAGAAUAUUCCAAAGUGCUAGAAGAACUGAAGAUCAACUAGUGAGGUUGAUUGCCCAGGAGGUCCAAGGCAGGGGUAACAAUACGGUAUGGGCUUGUGAACAGAUCUUUAGGGGUUUUUGUGCUGUACAAACAUUUCCCUAG